GAUGAUGUUGUCGAUGCAAGCGUUGCUGUUUUUGUCCGCCGUCUCAGGCGGGUCGGCGGGGGUUUUCACCGAUGACGAGGUCAGAAAGGUUGAAACGUUUGUGGAGGAGGUCAUGCGGUGUAGACAUGUCCCCGGGCUGACCCUGGCUGUUGUGAAGGGGGGUGAGACGUGGACACGUGGGUUCGGACAGGCGGACAUAGAACAGGGAGUGAACGUCACCAAGGAUACAUUGUUUUGUAUUGGAUCUGUGUCCAAGGCCUUUACGUCCACUCUCCUAGCUAUGAUGAUUGAUGAAAGUAAUGGGAAUUUUAAAUGGACAUCAAAGCUGAGGGACGUGUUGGGUCCAGACUUUUCUUUAGUGGACGAUGAAAGAACAAGGGAAACUACUCUGAAAGAUCUUUUGAUCCACCGAACAGGGCUCCACCGCGCACUCUCGCCACUGUUUGCAGGAUUCGACCACAACUUAACGAGAACUGAAUUUGCAAGGCGUUUCCGUUUUCUUGAAGAAGUUAAACCGUUCCGUGACGUCUUUGAGUAUAACAACUGGGCGUAUGCUCUGCUCGGCCCUAUUGUGGAAGUGUUGUCAGGAGAAUCCUACGAAGCAACUCUGGAGAAACGGAUCUUCAAGCCACUGGGAAUGAACAAGUCACGUGUUCUGGGAAAGACGAUAAUGUCAAAUGCAGCAGAAAUGGCACAACCGUACUUUGACGUGGAGAACGAGCUCACUUUAUUAGAUAGUUCCAUCUACGACAUACAUCCAUCAGAGGCUGCGGGUGCUAUUGCUUCCUCGGCAGAGGACAUGACUAAAUGGAUGCACUUCCUGCUGAGGCAAGGGGUGACAGAGAAGAACGUCACUCUCGUCAAGUCCACAACACUUGCAGAGGUCUUCAAAUCUCACCGGAGUUAUAAUAGCCCUCACCCCGUGAUAAAGCCGAAGUAUCCCGUGGGCGACUUGUAUUAUGGAUAUGGUUAUGCAUGGGUUUUAUCGACAUAUAAGGGAUAUAAAAAGGUCAUGCACUCGGGAGGCUUGUUUUCUUACAUAACCUACCUCACACUUCUCCCCGACCUGGACUUUGGAAUCUUUACAAGCGCCAAUGGACCAGGAACAAGGGAUGAAGGAAAUGCCCAAAAGGCGAUCGCAUACUAUAUUUCCGAUAUUUUGAUGGGUGACCAACCGUGGCUAAAUUCUUCCACGGCUUGCACGUUCCCAAUGCCAUGGGAAGAUGUGUCUGAAAGCAGCCAAAAUAAUUCCGACAUCACGAACUCUGAAGUGAAAUGCGUCGAUUGUUAUGUUGGGAAAUACGGUAAUUAUAUGUUUGGCGACCUUGAUGUUGUUAAGAGUUCAGGGUCGUCACUGGAACUAUACUACGGGAGGUUGCGGGGGUCCCUCAAUACUACAGCGGAUGAAAGUACAUUCAAACUUGAUCUCUUUGGCUCCUUCAGACUCCUUUCGCGACCUGGUAAUGAUACAUUUCUGGCAAAGGUGAUUUUCAAGGGGCUGAACGAAGGAAAAUAUUCAAAGGUUGACCUCAUUUUGGUCCGCAAAUUGACAUUUACCAGAGGUAUAAGUUUUCAUGAUAAAAAUAUAUUCACAAGUGCAGAGACUGGAACAAAUGGGCAGAGCAUCAAGAAGUUCAGCAAUCUACUCAUGGUGAUAGCAACACUUUGUAUCGUCCUCUGUGUGUGAUAGGGACUGUCAUGUUGUAUGGAGCAGCUUUAUGUCUGAUGGCAAUGAGAUGCAGUUGACUGAAGCGUUCUUAUAAUGUUGAGUUUGAUUUUGACUUUGACAUGGAAUGAAUCCCAAUGGUUUAACGACAUCCACUUUGAGGUGUUUAUCUACUACUCACUUGCAGGUGUCAUUUGUGAUGAUAGUAAGGUGCAGGGUUUUUAAUUGUUCUUGGUAUAUUGACUUCGAUAUGGAAUUAAUCCCAAUGGUUUAACGACAUCCACUGUGAGGUGUUUUGUCUACUUCUUCUUUACAG